AUGGCACUCCGAGAGUACAAGGCUCCCGUCGACUAUGACGAGCAGCAAAGUGCCUUUGAGGAGUUCCUCAAAGACUUCAAGACGUCGCCCGAGCAUACCAUUACCACCGCUAUGGGCGACAUUACCAUCGACGAAGAUGAUUUGAGUGACGAGUAUGACUUCAUGGAUGAAGACGAAGAGUCGGGCGACCGCCGCCGCAAGGAGAAGGGGAAUCAAAGAACUCCUCAGCACAAGUACAAGGAACUGUUGCAGCAGCUAGCUGAUAGAACCAUUGACGAAAUCACCAUUGACCUCGAUGAUGUUUAUGAUUGGGAAAGUCAAGGCCAAGAAGAACUCCACCUGGUUGACUCAAUAGAGCUGAAUACAAAGCAAUACGUCGAUAUUUUGUCCAAAGCCGUGGACAAUGUCAUGCCACAACCCAGCACAGAUGUCAGCUUCAAGGAUGAUGUUCUCGAUGUUUUGAUGGCUCGUCGCCAAGCCCGUAACCGCGAACUUCAGGAAGCCGCAGAGCGUGACCCUACUGCCGAGGACGAUCAGUUUCCUGCCGAGCUUACUCGGCGGUACACUUUGGUCUUCAAACCCAGAUCGCGGACCGCUGAAGAACCUACCAAGGCUUUGGCUGUUCGCCAAGUCAGAGGUGAUCACAUGGGCCACCUGAUCACGGUCCGGGCUAUUGCCACGCGCGUGUCUGAUGUGAAGCCGAUCGUUCAAGUCAGCGCUUAUACCUGCGACAGCUGCGGAUGCGAGAUCUUCCAGCCCAUUACCGAUAAACAGUAUGGGCCGCUGACAAUGUGCCCGUCCCGAGACUGCGAGGCAAACCAGUCCAAGGGUCAGCUCAAUCCCUCCACUAGAGCAUCCAAAUUCCUGCCCUUCCAAGAAGUCAAGGUCCAGGAAAUGGCCGAGCAGGUUCCUAUUGGUCAGAUUCCUCGUUCCCUGACCGUCCUGUGCUACGGCAGCCUUGUACGAAAGAUUAACCCUGGUGAUGUCGUUGACAUCUCCGGCAUCUUCUUGCCUACUCCCUACACAGGCUUCAAGGCUAUGAAGGCUGGUCUCCUGACCGACACUUACCUCGAGGCUCACCACAUCCACCAGCACAAGAGGGCCUACAGUGAGAUGAUUGUCGACCCACGACUCGUGCGACGCAUCGACAAGUAUCGACAGACUGGCCAAGUGUACGAGCUACUUGCCAAAUCUAUUGCCCCUGAAAUCUACGGACACCUGGAUGUUAAGAAGGCUCUGCUGCUCUUGCUUAUUGGCGGUGUUUCCAAAGAGAUGGGCGAUGGUAUGAAGAUUCGAGGCGACAUCAAUAUUUGCUUGAUGGGUGACCCUGGUGUUGCCAAGUCUCAGCUUCUCAAGUACAUUUCCAAGGUUGCCCCGCGUGGUGUAUAUACCUCCGGCCGUGGAAGCAGUGGUGUCGGUCUGACGGCUGCUGUCAUGCGAGACCCAGUGACCGAUGAGAUGGUUCUUGAGGGUGGUGCUCUUGUUCUCGCAGACAAUGGCAUCUGCUGCAUCGAUGAGUUCGACAAGAUGGAUGAUAACGACAGAACAGCCAUUCAUGAAGUCAUGGAACAGCAGACCAUUUCCAUUUCCAAAGCCGGCAUCUCGACAACUCUCAAUGCUCGCACGUCCAUUCUGGCAGCCGCUAACCCCAUCUAUGGGCGAUACAACCCCCGAAUCUCUCCCGUUGAGAACAUUAACCUUCCUGCUGCGCUGUUGUCUCGUUUUGAUGUACUUUUCCUUCUUCUCGAUACCCCAUCUCGCGAAUCAGACGAGCAGCUGGCAAAACACGUCGCCUUUGUUCACAUGAACAACCGCCACCCCGACAUUGGCACCGACAAUGUUGUCUUCACACCUCACGAAGUGCGCUCAUACGUAGCCCAAGCACGAACGUACCGUCCUGUUGUCCCCGAGUCCGUCUCAGAUUACAUGAUCAAGACUUAUGUCCGCCUCCGAGAUCAGCAGCAGCGAGCUGAGAAGAAGGGCAAGCAAUUCACCCACACUACCCCGAGAACAUUGCUUGGUGUUGUUCGUCUCGCUCAGGCCCUUGCUCGUCUCCGUUUCAGCGACCAGGUUUCCCAAGAUGACGUUGAUGAAGCAUUGCGCCUGGUCGAAGCCAGCAAGGAGAGCCUCAACGCUGAAGUGAACACCGGUCGCCGCGGCCUCAACGCCAGCAGCAGAAUUUACAAUCUCGUCAAGGCGCUCGCUGAUUCUGGCGCCUGUCGUGCUGACGACGCCGAAGAUGACGACCUCGGUGUUGAGUUGAGCAUGCGCAAGGUGAAGGAGCGCGUGAUUGCGAAGGGCUUUACAGAGGAUCAGUGGCUCAAUGCCCUAGACGAAUACACAACGCUCGAUGUAUGGCAAACUACCGGUAGUGGUGCUAGAUUGGUAUUCGUCACUGCUGGUAAUGAUGACGAGGACGGCAUGGAUGAUUAA